GCUCUUGAAUUUGAGUUACCAAAAAGGUCGUUGCUUUUCUCCAAUUACUGUGCUCUCUCAGUAUGAGAAUCGCUCAACAACUGAAUUGACUCUUCAAUUCUUCUCUUUCUCUUUCUGUUUUUCCUUUUUUCCCAGAUUCUCAGCGGGUGUUUCCUGAAUCUAGGGCUUUGGAUUUCCAGAAUUUUCCAUCCAAAAGGUAUGCAGUCAAAGUCUAAAAGCGUGAAUCAACUAGAAUCUGAACCACCAAAUAUGCAGCAGACUAGUGGUUAUACUGAACCUUGGUGGCGUAGUAUUGGGUACAAUCAUAUCUCCCCGCCAGCAGGAGGAAAUUUGUCCAAUUCAACGUCACUGGAAUGCACUAAUGGUGCUUCAGAAUCUAAUGAUGGUCAGUCAAUGUCAAAUGAUGAUUUAAAUGAAGACGAUGAUGAUGACACCACAAAAGAUUCACAUGCAAGUUAUGGGCAAGUACAGCACAACUGUCAGCUUGCUGUUUCUGCUGCGCCUACAGUGCAUGGUGGAUGUGUCACACAACCUCCUCAGCUUGAACUUGUAGGCCACUCUAUUGCAUGUGCAUCAAACCCAUAUCAGGAUCCUUAUUAUGCUGGAGUGAUGGCUGCCUAUGGGCAUCAACCGGGUUAUCCUCCUUUUCUUGGGAUGCCACAUGCUAGAAUGGCUUUGCCCCUUGAGGUGACACAAGAGCCUGUUUUUGUGAAUGCCAAACAAUAUCAAGGGAUUCUAAGGCGAAGACAAGCACGUGCUAAAGCAGAGGUUGAAAACAAACUGAUAAAAGUUAGAAAGCCAUAUCUUCAUGAAUCUCGUCACCAGCAUGCCAUGAGACGGGCAAGGGGUAGUGGAGGACGGUUUGCCAAGAAAAAUGAAGCUAAUUCCUUGAGUUCAACAAUGAAGGACAAGGACUCCGCUUCUGGUCAAGCUAUCUCAUCGCACUCUGCUGGUUCAUCUGGUUCUGAAGCAGCGCCUUGUGCCUUGGCUGAAACCUGGAAUUCUUCCAGUGGACAACAAGAAGCAAGGACCCAGUUGCAUGAGGCAUAUGAAGCUCGAAGUUAUGUGAACCACGGUAGCCAAUUUCACAACUACAGUAGCUUCCAAGCUUCUUCAUACGGUUUACGGUCUGGUGAGAGAGGUGAAGAUGGAGACUGCUCGGGACAGCAGCGAAGUAUCUCAGAAAAUCAGGCUGGACAGAGGCGUCUUGCCAUCAAGUGAACCUCCUGGUUGCAAAAAUAUGGGGUGCCCCUAGGUUAUCUUUGGGGCUGCAUUCCCUGGCAGUUUUCUGCUAGGCGGCAAAUCAUUCUUGGCUUUGUUCUGGUGCUUGUUUCUUAAUCGUAAAGGAGAUGGAUGAUAUAAGUUGGCCAUUUGGACCCUAGUUCUAGAUGCUUCAUUCCAUCAACCUCUCCCCCAUUUUUAACUUGUGUAUAGAACAGACUCCAUAGAUUUCAAACAGUGCUCUUUUUAAUUUCCAAACCACCUUGCUUAAUCGAAUGCAUAACUGUCAUGUACUCGUGAGUGUGUCUAGAACUUUGAUCCAUAAUUUGGUUGCUAAUUUCAUCAAAGUUUCCUCAGUACCAAAUAUAUUUCUUGCUCUA